ACAUAUAAGAGCGUAUAAGUUAAGAUAAAAUUGUUUAGUUAGUCAAUGCCUUCAAUGGUCAGUUCGUUAGUUGGUCACUAAAAAGGUUUAUUUAGCCAAUGUUAAUUAUUUUCUUGUGUUCUGCUUUUGCGUGACAACAAAAUAGUGCAAUUCCGAGUUAGAUCAUAGCCGUUAUGAAAGUUAAUACAUUCAAUUGAAAUCAAACUCUUAAAUAAAUUAUUAAAAUCUGAUUUUGGAUAAUGCGUUUCAUACAUUUUACUAAUAAAGCCAACGCAUGUGCUGUUAUGUACAGUUUUCACUAACAAUUUUACUUGUUACUUUGCUUGCUUCUUCUUGCUGCAUAUAAAUAUACAAUAGGCAUAAGUAGGUAGGUACAGUACAAUGAUAAAAUCAUAGAAUUCACACUACAUGACCAUUAUGGUCCAUGUUCGUCAUCAGUGUCAUCACAUAUGUCCCCAUUAUUGUCCACAUCGCUCUCUGAGACUAACUGACGACUACUUAGAGCGAUGGUGGUGCUAGUACAAUUUUUCUCUAGUAGGAAGUAUAAGUAGAUAGGUACCUAAGUACUCAUCAUUUCUGCAUUUCUGGUGUGUGGUCAUUCACGCGAAUGGAUGCCAUCGAUGUCACUUGUUAUCUAUACUUGCUGCUGCUGUGUAAAUAAUUAAAUGAAAUGAUCAGCUCCGUAAUGGAAAUCGGAAAAUAUUAUAAGAUCUAAAGGUUAUAACAGUUCAAUACUAGUCGUUUUUGUUGUGAAAGUAGCGUGUAUUUUUCAAACAUGAAAUAUCACGACCCAAUGACCAUCGCACGCGAUAUGGACAAUGCAUCGCUGAACAAAGAGUAUCAACAUUACUGGGAAAAUGACUCUGCUAGACAGGCGCAAAAUUACAGUUACAACAAUACUUCUGGAGCAGUGGCUUAUGAUCCAUCCACACCACCUCCGCCUUUGCCUUAUGCAGCUCCAGCGACAAACUAUGGAACAUAUAAUUACUCUUACCCUUCUAUGGCUGCUGACUCUACUUAUGCUAAUGCCUAUCCCAAUUACAAUUAUCAAGCCAACGCAAGUUACAGAAAUUCCAUGGAAUAUCAAAGUCAUACGCAAUAUGCAGCUAAUCAUGGAGCAGCACAAAAUAGUCAAUAUUAUAGCAACUAUGCACAAACUGCAUACAACUAUGCCUGGAAUCCAAAUGGCUCAUACCAAACCAAAUCAAAGACCGAUAGUCCCCAAUGGAUAGCAUCUGAUCCUUCUACUUGGCCACAGCAUAAUAAUUCCCAGUCGGUGACAGUUACUAGUUCAAGUGCAGCCAGUGCAUCAACAUCAGCAUCGUCAACCAACAAACCAAUGGUAUCAAUUACUGUUAACAAUUCCAUGCAAUUCUCAUCCAUCAGCAACAACUCCAUUGUUUCCAAGCACAAAUCAACUAACAGGGAAAGAAAACGUUCGAGCAGUCCUGAAAACAAAUAUCGCUCUUCAAAGUACGUAGAUAGGAAAAAAUUUGAUGAGCACUCAAGUAGAUUCAGGGCCAGAAGUAAAGAGAAAAGGAGAUCAAGGGAACGGUCUAUCAGAAGAAGAAGCAGGAGUUCAGAUAGAAAGUCUUAUUCGAAUAACAAUUCUUACAGCAGCCGUAGAAAUGAGAAAUCAAACCGCAGAAGUAGGAGCAUAAGUAGAAGCAGUAGUAGCAGAGGAAGUACUACCAGAAAUAAUGUCAGUCGAGUGACAAAAAAUAAGCCACUUACUGAAAGAGAAGUGAUAUUGAAAAAAUAUAGAAGUAAUUAUUGCGAAACGAGAGAUGAAAUAACCAAAAAGAUAAAAAAUAUAAGUACGGAUGUGGCGUCGGACAAGAAAAUUUGGACAAGAUCAUCACCAGCUGACUUGUACUACCAGAGAAGUGAGGCCGACUAUAGAGUAGUGGUUAGCACUGAAAGGGAAAAAGAAAUCUGUGACGACUUCCAAAAAUUACUUGUUGAAAGAUCUGCUGCAGCAAGGGCGCUGCAACCACCCUACGAGCCACCUCCAAGAAAAACAAAAACUCGCAUUUGCAGGCAUAAAUCAGAAGCUUGCAGUAGUUCUUCAGAAAGUGAUGAAUCGGAUAACGAAGAUAGGACUAUGAAAGAAUUGAUGAAUAAACAACUUCAUCCCCACAGACUUCAUCCUGAAAUGUGGUUCAAUGACCCUGGCGAGAUGAAUGAUGGACCGCUGUGCCGAUGUAGUGCAAAAUCCCGAAGAUCAGGCAUUAGACACGGUAUAUACGCAGGUGAAAAACUGAUAGAAAAGUGUAAUCCUAAUACCAACAAUGCCGAUAGAUUGUAUCAUUACCGCAUCACGAUUAGUCCACCGACGAAUUUUCUUACAAAAACUCCCACUAUUAUCGAUCAUGACGAGCACGAGUUCAUAUUUGAAGGAUUUUCCAUGUUCUCACAUUUUCCUCUCACCAAAUUACCAACGUGCAAAGUCAUACGUUUUAAUAUCGAAUAUACGAUUUUGUACAUCGAAGAAAAAAUGCCUGAAAAUUUCACAGUCAGGGAACUCGAUCUAAUCUACGAAUACUUGUUCAAAGAGGUAUUAGAAUUAGUAGAUUUUGAACUGAAAAUUGCCGAGAACAAAGAUGGCUGUUCGCAAUUCCAUUUUAUGCCGAGAUUCGUUCGCGACUUGCCCGACAACGGCCAGGAAAUCCUAUCCAUGAACGAAGUCUUGCGUUACCUGAUCAAAAGCAGCGAGCUCUUGAUCAAUUCUGACGAAUUAUCCAAGCUGCUUGAAAUGCCUCGAGAUGAUUGGCAAAACUUUGCCGACGAAGUCAAAGGCAUGGUCGUUACCUAUCCUGGUAAAAAGCCGUGUAGCAUUCGCGUCGAUCAACUGGACAGGAAUGAAAAUAUUCAACCGCCGAAAGAUCAAGAACCAGCUUUUCCUGAAAUAGUGCACUUUGGCAUUCGGCCUCCCCAGCUGAGUUACGCUGGAAAUACCGAUUAUCAAAAAGCUUGGCGAGAUUACGUCAAGUUCCGUCAUUUACUAGCCAACAUGCCAAAGCCGUCGUUCGAAGACAAGCGUAAAUUAGAAUCGAAAGAAAACAAACUGCAGGAGCUGCGAACGCAAAGCAAGAUGAAGCGAGACGUCACAGUAGACGUGUCAUCCAGGGGCUUUUACAGAACCGGCAUUAUGUGCGACAUCGUUCAGCACGCGAUGCUGAUACCUGUCCUCGUCUGCCACUUAAGAUUUCACAAUUCCCUUCAUUUUCUCGAAAAGACCAUCAACUAUCAGUUCAAGAACCGAUACUUACUACAAUUGGCUCUCACGCAUCCGAGUUAUCGUGAAAAUUUUGGUACAAAUCCAGAUCACGCGCGCAACUCCCUAACAAACUGCGGUAUUCGACAACCGGAGUACGGCGACCGUCGCAUUCACUACAUGAACACUCGCAAACGCGGCAUCAACACGCUCAUCAACAUAAUGUCACGUUUCGGUGCCAAGAAAGAAACAGAAUCGUCGAUCGCGCACAACGAGCGUCUCGAGUUCUUGGGCGACGCAGUCGUUGAGUUUCUCACAAGUAUACACCUGUUCCACAUGUUUCCGGAUUUGGAAGAGGGUGGCUUGGCCACUUAUCGCGCCGCGAUCGUGCAGAAUCAGCAUCUCGCCGUUUUAGCUAAGAAACUCAAUUUGGAUCAGUACAUGCUGUACGCGCACGGCAGCGACUUGUGCCAUGAUUUGGAGCUGAGGCACGCCAUGGCUAACUGUUUCGAGGCUCUAAUGGGUGCUUUGUUUUUGGACGGAGGUAUCAAGAUUGCUGACACCGUGUUCGGGGAUACGUUGUUUAAAGACGAGUCGCAGUUGUUGAAUAUUUGGGUUAAUUAUCCGCGACAUCCCCUCCAGGAGCAAGAACCUACUGGGGAUAGACAGUGGAUUCCGAGCUUUGAACUACUUCAAAAAUUGACAAAGUUCGAAGAUAGCAUCGGAGUUGAAUUUUUGCACAUUCGUUUGCUGGCUAGAGCAUUUACAGACCGAAGUAUCGGCUACACAAACUUAACUUUAGGUUCCAAUCAACGUUUGGAGUUCCUGGGUGAUACAGUAUUACAGUUGAUAGUCUCAGAAUAUCUGUACAAAUAUUUUCCGGAACAUCAUGAAGGUCACUUGUCGCUAUUACGUAGCUCGUUGGUGAAUAACAAAACACAAGCCGUUGUCUGUGACGACCUAGGUAUGACUCAGUACGCCGUUUACGGAAAUCCUAAGGCUGACUUGAAAACGAAGGACAGGGCCGAUUUGUUGGAAGCAUUCUUGGGCGCUCUGUAUGUCGACAGAGGCUUAGAUUUCUGUCAGGUGUUUUGUGAUGUCUGUUUUUUCCCGCGUCUUCGAGACUUUAUUAUGAAUCAAGACUGGAACGAUCCAAAGAGCAAGUUGCAGCAGUGCUGCUUGACUUUGCGUACUAUGGACGGCGGGGAGCCCGACAUACCGGUGUACAAAGUUGUAGAAUGCAUUGGACCAACAAAUACGCGCGUUUACACGGUUGCUGUGUAUUUCCAAGGGAAACGUUUGGCCACGGCGUCUGGUCAUAGCAUUCAAGAGGCUGAAAUGAAUUCAGCUAAAGAAGCGCUUGAAAAGUCAAAGGGCCUGUUUCCUCAACUAGAUCAUCAGAAGCGCGUGAUAGCCAAGAGCAUGAAGAUGCAGAACUGGCAGCAGUCCAGUAGCUCUUCGAAGUACCGUGCCAUUCAGUCUUCCAAGCAACAACAGCAGCGUCAGCGACAAGAAGAUCGCCAAUCCGACGGUGGUUCGGAUAACACUGAGCGCGGCAAACGUCGUAGUCGCAGUCGCGAACGCGACCCCCAGCGACGAUCUCGCUCGCGCGAGCGCUACGACAGCACCGAUCGUCGCCAAAGUGCCAGGCAUGACAGUAGCCGCAGUCCAGAAACAGUCAGUAAUCGAGGCCGAUCUCCUAAAAGUACAAGAGGGGGGCGCAGCGACAGCCCUCGUCGCUCGAGAAGCUCGAGACGAGAGGAGAGUGAAAGUCUACGUCUCCCUCAAAGCAAGACAAAAGAGACUAUCAGUGCAACUACUAUUACUGAUACUGCUACUGCUGGUGCUGCUGUGACUGUAAAUAUCACUACCACUACUACUAAUUUUAGUCCUGAGUCCUUAAAACACAAGAAGCGUAAGCGUAGUGAAAGCCCUGAGCCAUUGCGGUGUACGAGACGCGAAUUGAGUAAAAGUCCUCGUCGUCGUACCGAUAAUUCAGGUGAUGAAUAUUUUAGUUCGGAUUGUGCAUCUAACUCGAGUGAUGAUGAUAGUAUAAUGCAAUCAAACAAAGAAAAAGAGGCCGAACAUGAGGCAAAUAGUGCGGAAGUCAAAGGGCUGAAGAGGUCAUUGGUGGCGGCGUAUUCCAGCAGCGAGGAUAAUGUUAAUAACGAAGACAGUAGUAAUGACACCAAUGUUUCCAAGACUGAUGAAAAAAGUGACUUGCCUACGCCUCCUGAAAAGAAAAUUAAAACGAAACUCUAGUGAACCGAUCGUGUGAUUUAUUUUCCUAGUUCAAGAAAUGUACUAUAGAGUUUAAAUUUUCAUCCAUCCUUGAUGUAACGGCUUGCAUCAAUCAAAUACAAGAUAUUUUAGCAAACAACAGCAUUACUUUGUAUAAAUGGAUUUGAAUAAAAGUGAUAAGAAUCAUGUGGCUUUAACAAACUUAUAUGGCAUCUACACAAGUUAUACAAUUUUCAACACUGAAUACGUUAUCUGCAAGAAUGAUACGUUAGAUUUUUUUUGUUACAUUUCUUACUACGCCUAGAUAACUUUUGAAUCAUAUUUUUUAAUCGCAAAACUCCAGUGAAAAGCUAGUGUAGCAAUGGAAUCGAGAUUAAGGUGGACUAGGUGUCUUUCAAUCGUGUAAAGAACCCAAACAGUGAUGUUGAAUAAAUAAAAAAAGUUAUAUUUGAAA